CGUUCAGCCAGUCAGUAGAGCCAUUAAGAACUGCAGCUCUUUAAAAAUGUUCUUGGUGUAAAUUGAGAUUUGGACACAUUUUCUAAAAUUUGAAGAUGCGAGGAUUUUGUGAUCUGUCAACAUGGACUGAGAAGAGUUCAAAGGCUUUAUCCAGGCUGUCUGGGACAAGGGGCUUUGAUGCAAAGGCUUGCUAGCAAAGAAACUUAGCUUGACGCUUUGAUUCAGCUUUGACACAGCGACAGAUUCUUGGAGUGGUUUGAGAGCACUGAAAGACUCUCAAUGCAGCAUGGCUCCCAAGGAAAUCAUGACCAACUCCCACGCCAAGUCCAUCCUCAAUGCCAUGAACUCUCUCCGCAAGAGCAACACACUGUGCGAUAUAACUUUAAGGGUGGAAAAUGCUCAUUUUCCAGCUCACCGGAUUGUCUUAGCUGCCUGCAGUGACUAUUUCUGUGCCAUGUUCACCAGUGAGCUUUCAGAAAAGGGGAAAUCAUUUGUGGACAUUCAGGGGCUCACAGCAUCAACUAUGGAGAUCCUGCUGGACUUUGUGUACACAGAGACAGUGCUGGUUACUGUGGAGAAUGUACAAGAACUGUUACCAGCAGCGUGCUUGCUUCAACUUAAAGGGGUGAAAAGAGCGUGUUGUGAAUUUUUGGAGAGUCAACUCGACCCGUCAAACUGCCUGGGCAUACGUGACUUUGCUGACACCCACAAUUGCCUCGACUUGAUGCAAGCUGCCGAGCUCUUUUCCCAAAAGCAUUUCUCCGAGGUGGUUCAGCACGAGGAGUUCAUGCUUCUGAGCCAGACAGAAGUGGAAAAGCUCAUAAAAUGUGAUGAAAUCCAGGUGGAUUCAGAGGAGCCUGUAUUUGAAGCUGUGCUAAACUGGGUCAAACACAACCGAAAAGAGAGAGAGCCACAUUUGCCAGACAUGCUGGUGUUCGUCCGAAUGCCUCUGCUGACCCCGCGCUACAUUACAGAUGUCAUUGAUGCCGAGCCUCUUGUACGCAGCAGCCUGCCGUGUCGAGACCUUGUUGAUGAAGCAAAGAAAUUCCAUCUGAGACCAGAGCUGAGGAGCGAGAUGCAAGGCCCACGCACACAAGCUAGAUUAGGUGCCAAAGAAAUCCUUCUUGUCAUUGGUGGAUUUGGCAGCCAGCAAUCACCAAUUGACAUAGUUGAGAAAUAUGACCCGAAAACACAAGAGUGGAGCUUUCUUCCAAACAUUGCAAGGAAAAGGCGUUACGUUGCCACAGUGUCUCUCCAUGAUCGGGUUUAUGUGAUUGGAGGUUAUGAUGGACGGUCAAGACUCAGCUCUGUGGAGUGUCUGGACUACACGGCAGACGAAGAUGGUGUGUGGUACACCGUUGCUACCAUGAAUGUGCGGCGUGGCCUCGCUGGCGCCACAACACUUGGAGACAUGAUCUAUGUUGCCGGUGGCUUUGAUGGCAGCAGACGCCACACAAGCAUGGAACGAUAUGACCCUAAUAUUGACCAGUGGAGCAUGCUGGGAGAUAUGCAGACAGCUAGAGAAGGUGCUGGUCUAGUAGUGGCCAGUGGACUGAUAUACUGUCUUGGUGGAUAUGAUGGACUCAAUAUACUUAAUUCAGUAGAGCGGUAUGACCCACACACAGGCCACUGGACAAGUGUCACUCCGAUGGCCACAAAGCGCUCAGGGGCCGGUGUGGCUUUGCUCAAUGACCACAUCUAUGUGGUUGGAGGCUUUGAUGGUGUUUCGCACCUCGACUCUGUUGAGGUCUAUAACAUCAGAACAGACUAUUGGACCACUGUGACCAGUAUGACCACUCCUCGAUGCUACGUAGGAGCAACUGUCCUCAGAGGACGUCUCUAUGCCAUUGCAGGAUAUGACGGGAACUCUCUACUCAGCAGCAUUGAAUGUUACGACCCGGUUAUCGACUCCUGGGAGGUGGUUACCUCCAUGGUGACGCAGCGGUGCGAUGCAGGAGUUUGUGUUCUACGAGAAAAGUGAUCCCUACCUGAGAACUCAAAGAGCCACAAGUGGCGUUAAGGAUAGGCAGCAAGAAUGUGAUUCAAUGCUAUGAGAAUGAAGCUGGACCUUUUGCCAUGAAUACUGCUACAGAGACAGAGCUUGGCCGUGGUCAACCACCAACUGGAGCCCAUCGUCAUUUGCAUGACUCUUUCGUGGCCGCCGUAUCCACAGCUGUAAGAGUAUUUUUUUCAAUUUGUCCUUCAAGUGCAAUAUAUUUGUACAAUUCAUCAGAAAACAUGAACAAUGGAGAUGCUGCUAUGCGCCUUUUGACUCUGGCUACAUCGUGUGGUGAACAUUCAUAGUGCCUCUUGUUAAUGCGCCAUUUGCUUAUUUAGCAUUUGCCACGUCUUUGCAUUUCUAUUGAUUAGAAUUGCUUUUUGAAUCCUCUCAAUAAAAUGUUUUCAUUCAUGUUAGAGAUGAAUAUGGUUUUCAAAUAACUGAAUUGUACCAGUUAGAUUAUGUUUUUGAAAAUGACAAACAUCUGAGGUGCAUGUCAUUGCUCAAGCAUUUCAGUUUAAAUAUGUAACUUCACUAUUGCUUGAAAAGUAAAUAAACACACUUAAUUGACACUUAA